AUGAAAACAAAAAAUAAAUCAAAUGACAAUAUUCAAAACGAAAAUGAAAUCUUCACUCAUUUAUUUGAAACAUUAAUGUUAUCAUCAAAUGAUAACAAUAAUAACAAUAAUCAUAAAGAAACCAAACAAUUUGAUAAAAUUUCAACAACAGAUGAAAAUAUAAAUUCAUUUGAAAAAUAUUGGAAAUCAAAUCAUCGCAUAAAUAUUUAUCCUACAUUCUCAAAAUGCAGUCAAGAACGAGAUCUUUAUUCAAUCAAAUUUGCUGUUGAUAAUAGAUAUCAUGAAACUAUCACUCAUAGUUAUUUUUGGGGAACUAAUUUUCCAAUAAUUCAUUAUGCAGCAAAAUUAAAUAAUUUAACUCUUGUUCAAGAUCUUAUUUCAUGUGGUGUUGACCUUAAUAUGAGAAAUGAUGAUCAUAGCACACCACUCCAUAUUGCUUGUUAUUAUAAUUCAAUCGAUGUUGUCAAAUUCCUUUUAUCAUUAGAUGGAAUUGAUAUUAAUGCACAAGAUAAUUAUGGAAAUACUCCUCUUCAUGAUGCUACCUCUCGCAAUAAUCGAGAAAUUGUUGAAAUUCUCUUAGGAUUUAGAGGAAUUGAUACCAAAAUAAAGAAUAAUCGUGGUAAAACUCCUAUGUUAAUGAAAGAGUUUUGA